AUGUCGUCCCGUAAGAUAUUGAUCCAGCCGUUUUCACGUGCACGCAACGACAUCCGUUCUUCGUUCGCCAUCAUCGUUGCCGUCGUCGUCGUCGUUGUCGUUGUCAUCAUCAACGACGGCGACAACGACGACGACGACAAUGUCGUCAAAUGUGUGAUAUUCAUAUUGUUCUUGUCAUUUCCACCAUAUGUCAUUAUUAUGAUCAUCAUCGUAGUCGUUUUCAAGUAG